ACCCCACCAUUCCCUUCACCGCGCUUUCUCUUUCUCUCUUUUUUCUGUUCUACAAUCUCUUCCCUUCAUCCUCCUCUUUCAGAUCUCCCUUUAUUUUUCUCCCUUUUCGUUUUUCUUCGAUUUUGAGAUCUAGGGCUUUUUAAUUUCCGCAAUUACUCGCACCGCUUAUCUUUUCUUCGUUCUAGGGUUCCGAUUUGCCAUUCAAUUCGGUUUUCCAUUGUGGGUUGUGUCCGGAUUCUCGAUCGGUUCCCUUUUCUUCUUCUUUUUUUUUUUUUUUACUCUUAAAAGUUUUCUGGGUGUCGUUUUGUUUGAGGUUGUUUUUCUGAGAAAAAAAGUUAAAAAAAAUCCUUUUUUUCCGGAUAUUUGUGCGUUGAGAUCAUGGGGGGCUCUGAAGGGGUGGGAGCAUCGUCGAAGCAAUUCGGUGUCACAAAGCCCAUAUCAAUGGCUGGCCCAUCGGCUACUGAUUUGCAAAGGACUCGUGAGUUAGAGAAGUUUCUCGCUGUUUCGGGGCUUUACGAGAGCAAGGAUGAAGCUGCCAAGAGGGAAGAGGUUCUUCACCGGCUUGGAGAGAUAGUUAAAAGUUGGGUGAAGCAACUGACCCGCCUUAGGGGAUACACUGGUCAAAUGGUGGAGGAUGCAAAUGCUAUCAUUUUGACUUUUGGUUCUUAUCGGCUUGGUGUUCAUGGUCCUGGGGCUGACUUGGACACUUUAUGCAUUGGGCCGUCCUAUGUAACCCGAGAGGAGGAUUUUUUCUACACAUUGCAUGAUAUCUUAGCUAACGUGGAGGAAGUCACAGAAUUGCAACCAAUUCCGGAUGCUCAUGUCCCAGUUAUGAAAUUCAAGUUUGAUGGAAUAUCAAUUGACCUCCUCUAUGCCAGUAUUUCUAGAUUGGUUUUACCUGAAGACUUGGAUAUAUCUGAUGUCUCUGUUCUACACAAUGUUGAUGAGCCUACCGUGCGAAGUUUGAAUGGCUGUAGGGUUGCAGAUCAAAUUCUAAAGCUUGUUCCUAAUAUUGAGCACUUUCGUACAACACUUCGCUGCUUGAAAUUUUGGGCCAAAAGGCGAGGCAUUUAUUCUAAUGUGACUGGUUUUCUAGGUGGUGUUAACUUGGCACUUCUUGUAGCCCGAGUGUGCCAGUUUUAUCCGAAUGCAGUUCCAAGUAUGCUUGUUUCCAGAUUCUUCAGGGUAUAUACACAGUGGCGGUGGCCAACUCCUGUCAUGUUAUGUCCAAUAGAGGAGAAUGAGCUUGGGUUUCCUGUUUGGCAUCCUGGUAAAAAUCCCCGUGACAGAUCCCAUCAUAUGCCAAUCAUUACUCCUGCCUAUCCGUGUAUGAAUUCUAGUUAUAAUGUUUCUACGAGCACCCUUCGUGUAAUGAUGGACCAGUUCCAAUAUGGCAACAAGAUCUGUGGGGAAAUAGAAUUGAGUAGAGCUUGUUGGAAGGCUCUGUUUGAACAGUACAGUUUCUUUGAAAGCUAUAAAAACUACUUGCAAGUUGACGUAGUUGCUGCUGAUGCCGAUGACUUGCGCAGUUGGAAAGGUUGGGUGGAAUCACGGCUUCGCCAGCUGACUUUGAUGAUUGAACGUGACACUUUUGGGAAGUUGCAAUGUCAUCCCUAUCAUCAUGAGUUUGUGGAUACUUCAAGGCAGUGUGCACAUUGUGCUUUCUUUAUGGGUUUGCAGAGGAAACAGGGAGAGGUUGUUCAAGAAGGUCAGCAAUUUGAUAUACGAGGGACAGUUGAAGAAUUUCGGCAUUCUGUUAAUAUGUACAUGUUCUGGAAACCGGGGAUGGAGAUUUAUGUAUCUCAUGUUCGUAGAAGGCAAAUUCCAUUCUAUGUUGUUCCUGAUGGUUAUAAACGAUCUCGGCUAUCAAGGCCAACAUCACAAGUUGAGAAUUGUAAAUCAUUUCAUAAUGAGGUUUCGGGGACUGAACAUGUUGAGAGAAUCCGUAAGAGGAAGAACAAUGACGGUGUGGAUGUGAGGGGGGAUGCUAUAGUUAAAAGGCAAUCUGCUAGUCCUUCUGAAGAUAGAUUGGCAAGACACAGCAGCCUUGGUACUGGUGGUUUGUCUGUUGAAGCUGUAUCUGAUAGACAAGAGUUGAGAAAUGUUGAGUGCAAUCAUUUGUCAAACAGUGGGCAAGAUGAGUUGGAUAGAACAGAGUCUCCAGAAGCUGCUUCAAAUUCUAGUGUGAUUACAUCUGUUGGUUCUUCUGAAGAUACUGGAUCUGUAACAGUGGCAGGAUGUGUUGAGGAAAGCACCGGGGGUGUUGAAAUGAUGAACAAUGGCUGGUUUGAGGAUAGCACUUAUGGGAAUGAUUCUGUCACACUGGUGAAAAAUAUAGUGGCAAGUGGAAAUGAAGUGUUUCAACAUGAGCUACAGGAGCAGUUUCAGAUUGGACAGCCAAGUGCACUGAUGUGCAAGGUCUUCCCUGGAGUACUGUAAAGCCAAAAUGCAAUGAUUGUAUGGCUUUCGGUGAUGCAUGAUAUCUUCACUAAAUCUGAGUGAUGUAUUAGAGAUAGCCUUCUAAAGGCUGCUCGUGCACAUUUGAAGAAUUUUGCACAUCUACUGUUAUAUUAUUUCAAUUGUUAUAACCUUUUUGUUAGCUUAUCUUACAAUGUUGUGUACUGACCAAUUUACCUUUUUUUUCCUGGGGCUUUAUUCUGAAGCCGAAUGCAACGCUAGGGAUGGUUCUUGAUUCUGCAGAAAAGGUUAUUUCAGAAGUUGUGCAAGAGCCGGUGAUAAGGCAUGUUCUUGUUUAAUAAUUAUUGUUUUUAGAGCUGGUCUAUCUGGAUUUUGUCUUUAUGCUGUCUCUUGUGCUUUUUGAUGUAUCAGGAGAUUGAGACUAUCAUCGACAGUGUGAGAUAUCAGUAGCAAUAUCUGGAAGUGGCAAUCUUUCAGUGGAGAAAGAAGAGAGCCAGCAAUUUGGGUAAGUACUAAUUUAAAUGGCUGGCCUUCAUUUCUCUAUUUUUUUCAGGCUUGCUUGAUCAUUCAAGCUUGCAAAUUGGGACUGAUCCGAAUCAAGCUGAAGAGCUGGAGCUGAGAUUUGUCAGCCCUUUGUACAGUUUUGCAUUUUUUGUGCAUUUGACUCGAUUAACUUUACUAGAAGCUCUGUUUAGGAUUCUUACUAAACUUAGGGGCAUAUUUUAAAGGCUCUUGCUGUACUUUGCUGUUGUUUUUGCUUUUUUUUUAGGGCUAGGGAGAUCCGGGGAGGGUGGGGGUUGGGUAGUGUUUUCUACUUUUCUAGCAGAGGGAGUUUAUUUAGCAGCAAGGCUUAUAUACUGAUAUUGUUGUACUGCCUGAGAGGUUAGCAUAUAAACAUGACAGUGAUAUGGCAACUGCUGUCUCAACCUUCUGCUGUACAUUUCUUGGUUUCUCGCCUCUGCUCAACAUCCAACAAUUAGUACUA